AUGUGGGUCCAGAUCGCGAUUGCAUGCAUGGUUGCAGCCUCGUACCUCGGCAUGGGCAUCGUCUUGCACCGCGCGCAUCAACACGACCGUCAAGGGGAAGUUGCAACCUUGACGUUUACCUCCCGUGUGCGCUACUACCUGCAGCUGGCAUUUCGCCUUUUGGUUGUGGCGCUCUUUUGCAUCAUCUUGGUCAUUGACGUGCAAGAGUAUGGCACGACGGCCUUCUCGUACUAUACGAUUUGGAAUUUUGCACUCCAGACCGUCUACCACGCCCUUGCUGCCGGCUUCCUUCUGAGCCAUUGGAAUGUCCACGGCGGCGCCACCGUCGUCGUCCAGUCGCGUCCCCUCAACUCGCUCUUUGACAUUUGCUUGACCAACAGCCUCCUAGUCGCCGUCGUUUUUUGGACCGAGCUCUACUACCCGACGAUGCCCUGGUACAGCUACAUCCAGCACGGCGUCAAUACGAUGCUCUUCGUGCUCGAGCUCUUUCUGGGCGACUUUGACGUGCAGUCGGAAGACUUUCAAUACGCAGGCAUGUCGCCCACAAUCUACACGACAUUCAUUUGGAUCAGCCACGACACGUGGCUGCACGGAUGGUGGCCCUACGACUUUCUCUCGAUGGACACGUCUACCGCGCCGCUCUGGUAUCUCGGCAUCUUUCUCGGCCACUUUGUCUUGUUCGGCGCCGCGUACGGUCUCUCGCGAGUGAAAACGCGGUGCUUCCCGACGCUUCAACCCGAGAUGACGUCCAUUCCAGGCAAUAGUGCUCGCCGGACCUCGUACCAGUCGAUUGUGUAG